GGGCAGGGAAAGGGUUACUGUUUUGUAAAAUGACAUUUUGAAGGGGGGGAGCUCACACACAGCUCUGCUGGCGCGGUUGUUUGGUGCAGGUUGACGUUAUCAGUAAAUUAGGACAUGGCUUGCAGCUCGAUGACCAGCUUGAGAGGAGGGAGAGCCUGAACGGUGUUGCCUAAAUGAGAUAAAAAGCGCGUGGUUGGCGCUGGUACUUUUUACUCCAGCUAGGUGUCGUAUCCGUAGCAGUGUGAAUAUCAGCGCAGAACGACGAGGCCAGCUCACACUGCCCAGCUACACCGCGAAAUGGUCACGUCUAUUCUUGGGCUCCUUAUCCUACCAAUAUGUCUUCAGCAGUGUGGUUUUGUACACGGAUCAAAGACGGAAUGUGAGCCCAGUCAGUUCCAGUGUGGGAAUGGCCGCUGCAUCCCGUCUGUCUGGCAGUGUGACGGGGAUGAGGACUGCUCCGACGGCAGUGACGAGCACACCUGUGUUCGUAAGACCUGUGCGGAGGUGGAUUUUGUCUGUCGCAAUGGCCAAUGCGUCCCCAAGAGAUGGCACUGCGACGGUGAGCCAGACUGCGAGGAUGGCUCUGACGAGAGCGUUGAAGUUUGCCACACCAGGACCUGCCGUGUGAAUGAGUUUAGCUGUGGGGCCGGGUCCACCCAAUGCAUCCCAGUGUUCUGGAAGUGUGAUGGCGAGAAGGACUGCGACAACGGCGAGGAUGAAAUUAACUGCGGUAACAUCACGUGCGCCUCGCUGGAGUUCACCUGUGCGAGCGGCCGCUGCAUCUCCCGCAACUUUGUGUGUAACGGCGAGGACGACUGUGGCGACGGGAGUGACGAGCAGGAGUGUGCCCCGUCGUCCUGCGGCCCCAGCGAGUUUCAAUGUGGCAACGCCACCUGUAUCCCUGGCAGCUGGGUGUGCGACGACGACGUGGAUUGCCAGGACCAAUCGGACGAAUCCCCUCAGCGCUGUGGUCGCCACCCCACUCCCCCGGCUAAAUGUUCACCCAGCGAGACGCAGUGUGGGUCUGGGGAGUGCAUCCACCGCAAGUGGCGCUGUGACGGCGACGCCGACUGCAAGGACGGCAGUGACGAAGCCAACUGUUCUGUUCGUACCUGCAGGCCAGACCAGUUCAAGUGUGAGGACGGCAACUGUAUCCACGGCAGCAGACAGUGCAACAGCUUGCGCGAUUGUGCAGAUGGCACCGACGAACUCAACUGCAAGAACUUGACGCAGUGCAACGGCCCUGACAGGUUCAAGUGUCGGAGUGGAGAGUGUAUCGAGAUGAGUAAAGUGUGCAACAAGGCCCGGGACUGUCCUGACUGGAGCGACGAGCCCAUCAAAGAGUGCAACCUGAACGAGUGUCUGCUGAACAAUGGCGGCUGCUCCCACAUGUGCAGGGACAUGGUGAUUGGCUACGAGUGUGACUGCACCCCUGGACUGCAGCUCAUAGACCGUAAAACCUGUGGGGACAUCAAUGAGUGUAUGAAUCCUGGGAUCUGUAGUCAGAUCUGUAUCAACCUGAAGGGAGGGUAUAAGUGCGAGUGCCACAACAGUUACCAGAUGGACCCCACCACAGGAGUGUGCAAGGCUGUGGGCACGGAGCCCUGUCUGAUCUUCACUAACCGGAGGGACAUCCGGAAGCUGGGUCUGGAGAGGAGGGAGUACACGCAGAUCGUGGAGCAGCUGCGGAACACGGUGGCACUGGAUGCAGACUUCACCCAGCAGAGGCUCUUCUGGGCUGACCUGAGCCAGAGGGCCAUCUUCAGCACGGUGUUGGAUAAGCGAGAUGUAGGAAGUCAUGUGAAGGUGAUAGAUAACGUCCAGACACCAGUGGGGAUCGCAGUAGACUGGAUCUACAAGAACAUCUACUGGUCAGACCUUGGUACCAAGACCAUAGCUGUGGCCAACUUCAUCGGCACCAAACGAAAAGUUAUCUUCGACAGUGGUUUGAAAGAGCCUGCGUCCGUCGCUGUUGAUCCACUGUCUGGGUUCUUGUACUGGUCAGAUUGGGGUGAACCAGCUAAGAUUGAGAAGUCUGGCAUGAACGGGGUUGACAGGCAGGUCCUGGUCGAGACUGAUAUUCAGUGGCCCAAUGGAAUCACCCUGGACCUGAUCAAGAGUAGACUGUAUUGGGUGGACUCAAAGUUGCACAUGCUCUCUAGCGUCGACCUGAACGGAGACAACCGGAGGAAAGUGCUCCAGUCCCCCGAAUACCUGGCUCACCCCUUCGCUGUCACUGUGUUCGAGGAUCGAGUGUUUUGGACAGAUGGGGAGAACGAGGCAAUCUACGGAGCAAACAAGUUCACAGGCUCUGAUGUGAUUACCCUGGCAAGCAAUCUGAACGAGCCACAGGACAUCAUUGUUUACCACGAGCUAAUCCAGCUGUCUGGGACAAACUGGUGCAAUGAGAAGGCUCAGAACGGUGGCUGUGCCUACAUGUGCCUUCCAGCUCCACAGAUCAACAAAUACUCUCCCAAAUACACCUGCGUGUGUCCGAAAGACCAGACGCUCGCUUCAAACGGCCUUCACUGUAGACCAGUGACCCCUUCAGCUCCAUCAAAGGAUGAUGGGAAAGCUCUAAUACGUCCCACUGACUCCCAAGAAGCCAAAGUCAGUACAUCCGUCCAUGAGGUGGACUCUACAGCUAGAGGAUCUGCAGCUGCCUGGGUUAUCCUCCCUGUGUUGUUCCUGGCCAUGGCUGCUGCGGGAGGUUACUUGAUGUGGCGUAACUGGCAGCUGAAGAAUAAAAAGAGCAUGAACUUUGACAAUCCAGUGUACCUGAAAACCACAGAAGAAGACCUCAACAUUGAUAUCAGCAGGCACUCCUCCAAUAUAGGCCACACCUACCCAGCAAUAUCAGUUGUGAAUACAGAAGAUGACUUGUCAUAACCAAUCUGCCAAGUGACUCCCCAUCGGUUUAUUCAACCUUUGGUCUCCAUGCCAACGACCUCUGCUUCUUUUAAAAGAGCUACAACCAGAUGCCUUCUGAAGUGCAUAAAGUUGUGUUUUCUGGGGGAGAUGUUUGUCAUUAGUUGUAUGAAUUGUCCUACUCACACCAAGUGUGUCCAAAGUGGCAAGGGGUUUUGGGGGCUUGGCCUCUUUAUAUCCCCGCUCCUUAGCCCCGAAACAUUUCAAAGAUUCUACUACGUACGACCUUGCGUCUAGUUCAGUACACUGGUCGUCCUUUGUGAGGCAAUGCAGGGCGCGUUACUGCUUCUGACCUUCAGUCCCCUACUGGACAUGUUUCACUGAAUAUUUAUAGAAAGCAUAUUUUAGGCAGUACGGUCUUAAAAUAUGUACGUUUCUUAAACAUUAUCUCCAGAAGCACAUUCUUAGAAAGCUUUUUUUGGUGUGAUUCUGUGCUGGGAAGAUGAGAGCUAAGGAAUGUCAUGUUACUACAGCAUUUGUAAAACACUGUACAUAAACCCUCUUCCCCUAAGAACAGAAUCAGGACUGAAGCACUUUGAUCAAAUGGUCUGCUGUAAAUAAGAUUGUAUACAUUUGACUGAAAUCAAUUUUUGCUAUGGUUGGUCAUAGUACCAGGGUAGGGUAAGAUGUAUUUAAAACUGAAUUUGUUAAACUAUUUUGUAUGUUUGUGCCAUUGCUGUGACUUUUUCUAGCCAUGUGCAGGGGGACUAAAUGCUCUGUAUCGUGAAUAAAAUUAUUUGCAAACACUAAA